AUGAAGAGCAAAGACGGAGUGGAGGAAGCAAAGGUGCCUUUGUUAGAAUACUCAUUAUCUUCAUUCGAAGGAGAUGAUUGUGAGCUUGACCUAAAAACAAGAGUGUGGAUUGAAUCAAAGAAGCUCUGGCACAUAGUGGGGCCAUCUAUCUUCAGCCGUAUCACCUCCUAUUCCAUGCUCGUCAUCACCCAAGCCUUCGCUGGCCACCUUGGCGACCAUGAGCUCGCCGCCGUUUCCAUCGCCAGCAAUGUCAUUGUCGGCCUUGACUUCGGCCUCUUGUUGGGAAUGGCGAGCGCUUUAGAGACGCUAUGCGGGCAAGCCUUCGGAGCCAAAAAGUGCCACAUGUUGGGAGUGUAUAUGCAGCGUUCAUGGAUUGUUCUGUUCCUAUAUUGUAUCCUUAUUUUGCCCUUGUACCUCUUCACCUCUCCCAUCUUGAAGCUUCUGGGACAGCCGCCGGGGGUGGCGGAGCUGUCGGGGGUGUUGGCACUGUGGAUGCUUCCGCUCCACUUCAGCUUCGCUUUCCAGUUCCCCCUCCAGAGGUUUCUGCAGAGCCAGCUGAAAAUGGGGGUGAUUGCUUGGGUGUCUUUGGCGGCGCUGCUAGUGCACGUGUUUGUCACAUGGCUGUUCGUUUACACACUCAAACUUAACGUGGUCGGGGUGGCGGUGACGCUGAAUUUCUCUUGGUGGGCUUUGGUCGUUGGGCUGUUGGGGUAUACGGUGCUCGGUGGCUGCCCACUCACCUGGACUGGAUUUCCAUUGAAGCCUUUUCGGAUCUGUGGGAGUUCGUGA